AUGUAUGACAGGGCUUUUAUGUCUAAUGCAGAGUUACCGCUGGCGCCUCAUGCAACAAGCCGAGAAGAGGAGUCACCACUAUUCAGAAGAAGUCCACUUGUGGCACUGACCGAGCCCUCCAAGACACUGCCUUGGCCAAGGUUGGAACGUUGGUCAACACCCCAGAUUACCAUCACACCCGAGGCCACCGCCAUCGAAGAAGGUUGCCAUAGAUUUUGGGUGGCUAUCGAGGUCUCAGUCAGACGUUGGUCUGAAAGUGCGAUGAAAUGUCAACCAGGGGCCUGUCAGGAGCGGCCAGAUCUGUUCACGGAUCUUGCUGGCUUGACGCAACGUGACCAAGAGACAGGGGAUAUUUACGAUGAUGGUGGUCUCAACGAUUUGGACGUCCAAAUUCUGCCAACGGAAGAAUCCUCAGUUAUUCGCAUUCUUCAGGAACAGCCCUUUCCCAUUCACCGCUUGGACCCCGGAUCAAGCAUCUUUCUUCUAGCUCAAGUGCAGGUCCGUGUCUCAAAGGGUAUGCGGCGAUGCAGACAGAAGUGUUCACGGUUAGAAUCGGACGACCUGAUAGAAGCGCUUAAGGAGGAGUUGGGUGAUUCUACAGUGAGCUACAUGACCGUGCGGCUGUCAUAUCGAAAUUCGGCGUUUCCCAUGUGUCAAGAUAUGGGAAUUGUGGAGGACGACAUGUUCAGCAUGCACAGCAAGAUUGAGACGGUAGCCACAGCCUCCGUGAAACUCCACAAUGCCAUGUCGCUUUGGUCUCCUCCUCCGGUUUCAAGAUCCAACCCACUAUUGCCACUGGUAGAGAGACACUGGGGGGCCACGAACGCCAGGAAGCACACAUGUCAAGCCCGCUUGGAAUCAUAG